AUGGUCAUCACGACUGAAAUAGCUCGAUACGACGUCAGCAAGGUACUCGUCGAUCAGGGGAGUUCGGUCAACAUCUUAUACUGGUCCACCUUCAAAAAGAUGGAUCUAUCCGAGGACCUUAUUGCUCCUUUCAACGAGCAAAUUGUAGGCUUUUCAGGGGAAAGAGUCGACACCCGGGGGUACCUCGACUUACGAACGCGCCUGAGAAUGGGUCUGGAAGCACCGGAACUUAGAGUCCGCUUUCUGUUGGUCGAGGCCAACACAUCAUACAACGCCUUGUUAGGGCGACCUUGUUUGAAUGCAUUUGGAGCCAUUGUGUCCACCCCUCACCUGGCCAUGAAGUUUCCCACGGAAAGUGGCACCAUUUGCACCGUAAGAGCGGAUCAGCGAACGGCUCGACAAUGUUAUGUUGCCGGGCUUAAGGUCACCCCUUUUGUACCAACCACAAGGGCGAAAGGAGCUGAAAUAGCGACGGUCCACUUGGACCCCCGAACUAAUAUAGAUGAGCGUCUCCAUCCACAAGGCGAUGUCAAAUUCCUUCCAUUGGCAGCGGACGCCUCCAAAAACACAAACAUUGGCGGGGACCUCGCUUUGAAGGAUGAACAGGAUCUGGGACAGAGGCGCGCCCUCUCACGCAAAAGAAGCGACAGUUCGGAGAAGUUGAUGAACGCCCAGUUCAUCAGAGAGUUAAACUACACUACAUGGUUGUCGAACGUAGUCAUGGUCAAGAAGUCGAACGGCCAGUGGAGAAUGUGUGUCGAUUUCACUGACCUCAACAAAGCGUGCCCUAAAGAUUCAUAUCCCUUGCCUAGCAUUGAUCGGUUGGUAGAUGGGGCUUCCGGUCAUGUUGUACUCAACUUCCUCGACGCAUACUUGGGCUACAACCAAAUCCCCAUGUACGCACCUGAUCAAAGCAAGACAGCUUUCAUUACCGAGCGCGCCAAUUAUUGUUAUGAAGUAAUGCCGUUCGGUUUGAAGAAUGCCGGGGCGACAUACCAACGCCUCAUGGAUAAAGUUUUCCAUCAUCAGAUAGGCCGAUGCAUGGAUGUUUACGUCGACGACAUGGUCAUUCGGAGCCAUUCUAUGGAGCAACAUUUACAAGAUUUAGAAGAGGUGUUUGGCCAAAUCAGAAGGUACAACAUGCACCUUAACCCUUCCAAGUGUACCUUCGGAGUCCCUGCGGGUAAGUUUUUGGGUUUCAUGCUUACUCGACAAGGCAUCGAAGCCAACCCAGAUAAGUGCAAGGCCGUACUCGACAUGGCAGCCCCAACAACUCUCAGGAAGGUAUAA